AAGAGGAAGAACUCCGAGGAGCAUGGUGUGGGCGAAAGAGUGUACUAACAGACAGAGGUUGGAGAGAUUGAUAGUGGGACAGACAGAGAGUAAGAGAGAGUAAGCGAGCGACUGAGAAAGAGGACGAGUGACAGUGGAAGCGCAAUUGCCGGAUCUUCUGAUAAACAGGAAACUCCUAGCGCACUCUCAGCAUCCUCUCCUUUCGCUCUGGACCAGCGCUAGAAAACAGACUACUCAGCAGGUAACCGAAGCCACCCAGAAAAACGUAAUGUUUUACUUCCACUGUCCCCCUCAGCUAGAUGGUGAAUGCUGUCGUACAAAUACACUGAACACCAACGGGUUUGCAAACCAUGCGUCAGCAGGUGAUUUUGAUGAAGGCUUUCUGCGGAGAAAACAGCGAAGAAAUCGAACAACAUUUACUCUACAACAGUUGGAGGCUUUGGAGGCUGUCUUCGCGCAGACACACUACCCGGAUGUGUUCACGCGCGAGGAACUGGCCAUGAAGAUCAACCUGACCGAGGCGCGGGUCCAGGUGUGGUUCCAGAAUCGCAGGGCCAAGUGGAGGAAAUCUGAGAGAGGGGGCCCAGAAGCCGAUGGUGGAAAGGAGCAGAUGAAUGAGGGAGGCACUCCUCCGUCCAGGACUCUGAACUCCCAGUCUCCUGUGGACCAAAGCAGGAAACAGAAGGAGCCUCUGGAAAUGCAGCAGAGUAUAAAUAGAGCAGUGGGUCCUGGGAGUCCAUUCUUCCCCUCCUGUCUGCCAGGGUCCCUGCUGAACUCUGCCACCUAUGCUCAGGCUCUGUCACACGUUGCUACAAUGAAGGGAGGGGGCCUGUGCUCUUGCUGUGUUCCCGAUCCCAUGGGCCUGUCCUUCUUGCCCCCCUACGGUUGUCAGGGCAACCGUACAGCCAGCGUGGCUGCUCUGCGGAUGAAGGCCCGGGAGCACUCAGAGGCCGUUCUGCAGUCCGCCAACCUGCUCGGGGCUGGCAACGUGCAUGGGGUCGGAGUAGGAGGCCUUUCAGGGGCAGGGGCGUCAGUGGCUGGGUUGACAAGGCCUGGGAUGGGCCCUGGCCUGGGAGUCGUAUCCGGAUCAAUGACGGCUGCCUCUGGAGCCACGGGGAGAGGACCAGGGGGUCGGUCUACCCCCAGCCCAAGCGCCAAGACCCCGACUCAGGUUAGCGGGCCUGACAAACACCCACUCUGCUCUAAGGAAUCACUGGAGAAGAAGUGAUUGUGUGUAGCUGCUCAGAGGAGACAGACAUAUGGACAUCGAGGAUGGACAUACAGCCUGGGACUUCAGAGCUCUAUCCCUCUCUACCUACGCCCCCUAAAGCACAACUAUGGACUUCGGCCUAUUCCUACUUGAGCAGGGAGACGAGAGGUUACCCAGAUAUCAUACUCUAUGGAUUCAACUCUCGAGAUAUUUAUUUGAUUGUGAUUUAUUUAUUGUGGGUGAUUAUUGCUGAAUAUCGUGAGGUCGUUGCGGACCCCUUAUAAGCACACUACUGUUUGUACGCUUUUGGCUCUGUGUCAUUUCUCACGGACUCUACAUGGACUCUGAAUAAACUGGGAGUGUGUGGGCGUGCGGGUGCAUAAGACUUCCACCCUGGCUUAUAAUGUGAAUCCAAGGCGUUUCUCCUCCUCUCCCUUCUUGGCGACCCGCUCCUGUGUGCAUUGGAACACGUGUUACUGAAAGUCAACAGGCAGUGUACCGUAACGUGUUUCUUCCCUCUGUAACACAUGUAGAACACAACAUUUGACGUAUUGACAAUUCUACGGCUUCCAGGCCGGCAGCCGGAGAGAAUCCAGCUCCUGUUUUAUUCAUCUGUAUUGUUUUACUGACAUGGGACAGUGCCCGUGAAUCAACAUAUCUGUUUUCACAUCGACGUUAAAGGGCCACAGUUGGCGGUGAAUCUGAUGUUCCUCCUAGGUCCCUCGGCUGCGCUAACAGAGGAACAGAUAUUAUGACACCAAGUGGUGUUGAUAUCACGACUGUUGCUAAGAGCUGCCAGUCUGUUUGCCGACCUCGGAAACACUUUAGUCCUGUUGUGACAUGUUCUCUAAAACAAUUAAAGAUGUAGUCUCUCCUGUUGCCUACCACUGUGGCCAUCUGCUCCAAUUCAUUAUUCAUCAGCUUCCCUUAAAGCUGGAGAGAAGAGAGAAGAGCAAUCAUUGUUCUUAUUAUUUAUUUACUUUUAGGAAUGCCACUCAUGGCAUCCUCUAUCUCCCUCUUCCCUCUAUUUCUUCUCCAUUUUCUCUUUUUUCUGUCUCUCUCUUCCUCUCUCUUUGCCUCUCUCUCUCUCAUUAAAUGCACUGGCAGGUUGUAAUACCCCAUUAAACAUGAUACAUGCUAAUUAUUAAUACCAACACUUAUAUACGUUACAAAACAAUAUGUCUAUUUUCUUAUUUUUUACCCCCGGAGGCUCCUUCAUGGUUAAUCAGUUAUUGUUGAUAUAUUUAUUUCUCUUUUUAGAUCUAUUUUGCAUGUUGUCUUCACUCAGAUACGCUGAUAAAUAAGACAUCAGUCGAUCAAAUUGAGAAUACUUAACCGCAGCAAGAGAGAGCACACAGAGACUGCGACUUAGGCUGAUUCAAUUUGCGUCCUUGAGGAUUUUCAGGAAAUUACUUUUGAUAGUCAAUAACACAAUUAAGUAAACUACACACACAUUAGCAUGAAUAAUUGAUGAUGAAUUAUGUAUUACCACGAAGUACUGGGUUAAUAAUUAAUGAUGAGAGAGACACCCUGGUGACUUGGAAGGAGAUAAUGUCAGAAGUCCUGGCUGGUGCACUCUCUCUCUUUCUCUCGUUUUCUAGCCAUCUCCCUUUCCCUUCCACUAAAUCUUUCACUCUCUUUUCGUUCCCUCUAUCUUGUGUUCACACGCAAA